GGAGCGGACCCUCGCCGCAGCAGCCGGGAGGGGCGCGGGCGCGGUGGGAGACGCCCCUCCGCCCGCGGACGGUCGUUGCUGGCGGUGUGGGGCUGGGGGAGGACAGCAGCGUGUUGGGAUCCAGAAGGGGCUUCCCGAGCUGGUGGCGAGGACGGCGAUUUCCUCGGCUCUCCCCGCCCCCAUUCUUGGAGGGCAGCAAACUUGAGACGCGCGGCGGCCCCAAGGCGACCUGCUCGCCUCCGCUGCUGAGCGCACUAGGGGACUGCCCGGGGCUUACAGUCCCACAGCCCGCCUGUCUCGGGGCUGCUGAGGCGCCUGCAGACCCUGAGGUCCUCGCGCUCCCUCCCUCCGCCUCCCGAUGCCUGCACCAACUUUCCAAGCCUGGGCUGCACACUGAGAGGCAGGGGGCUGCCCUCUGCUUCCUGCUCUCAGCCCAGCGCCGCUCCCAUACCGACCGCUCUGGGAUGAGCUGGGCCCCCGUGAGGCCCGGGCGGCCGGAUGAAUGCAGAGCUCCCCACAAGAAGCCAGAAGCACCCUCCCGCUCUUUUUUGGGUAGGAUUCCUGGAGCAGCCCCUCCCAGGCUCCAGUGUGGCUGGAAGAAGAGCUGCCUUUCCUGGCUGUCCUUUCCUUGUGGACAUCAGCAUCUGGGCUGCAUCAACUGAGUUGCCAUUUCUACCUGGAGAUCUGGGUUUGCCAGCCAAAGGGCUGCCACACAGGGGAACUGCUGGCUAGGCAGGAGACUUGGCAGCUGCGGAUUCCCCAGCUUGGAGCAGCCCCUCUUUGACCUCGCAUGGUGGAGAAGCAGGCCCAUGAAGGUGCCCAGCCAUGCAAUGUUCCUGGAAGGCAGUGCUCCUCCUUGCCCUGGCCUCCAUCGCCAUCCAGUACACCGCCAUCCGCACCUUCACUGCCAAGUCCUUCCACACCUGCCCCGGGCUGGCUGAGGCAGGCCUGGCUGAGCGGUUGUGCGAGGAGAGCCCUACCUUCGCCUAUAACCUCUCCCGUAAGACCCACAUCCUCAUCCUGGCCACCACACGCAGCGGUUCCUCCUUUGUGGGCCAGCUCUUCAACCAGCACCUGGACGUCUUCUACUUGUUUGAGCCCCUCUACCACGUCCAGAACACACUCAUCCCCCGUUUCACCCAGGGCAAGAGCCCUGCAGACCGGCGGGUCAUGCUGGGUGCCAGCCGCGACCUCCUGAGGAGCCUCUAUGACUGUGACCUCUAUUUCCUGGAGAACUACAUCAAGCCACCGCCUGUCAACCACACCACAGACAGGUUAUUCCGCCGUGGAGCCAGCAGGGUGCUGUGCUCCCGCCCUGUGUGCGACUCCCCAGGCUCCGCUGACUUGGUGCUGGAGGAGGGGGACUGCGUGCGCAAAUGUGGCCUGCUGAACCUGACGGUGGCCGCUGAGGCCUGUCGUGAGCGCAGCCACGUGGCCAUCAAGACUGUGCGGGUGCCAGAGGUUAAUGACUUGCGGGCCCUGGUUGAAGACCCUCGGUUAAACCUCAAGGUCAUCCAGCUAGUCCGAGACCCACGUGGCAUUCUGGCUUCCCGCAGCGAGACCUUCCGAGACACAUACCGGCUCUGGCGGCUCUGGUACGGCACUGGGCGGAAACCUUACAACCUGGACGUGACGCAGCUGACCACAGUGUGCGAGGACUUCUCCAACUCUGUGUCCACCGGCCUCAUGCGGCCCCCGUGGCUCAAGGGCAAGUACAUGCUGGUGCGCUAUGAGGACUUGGCCCGGAACCCCAUGAAGAAGACCGAGGAGAUCUACGGUUUCCUGGGUAUCCCCUUGGACAGCCAUGUGGCCCGCUGGAUCCAGAAUAACACACGGGGUGACCCCACCUUGGGCAAGCACAAAUACGGGACCGUGCGAAACUCGGCGGCCACCGCCGAGAAGUGGCGCUUCCGCCUCUCCUAUGACAUUGUGGCCUUCGCCCAGAACACCUGUCAGCGGGUGCUGGCGCAGCUGGGCUACAAGAUGGCCACCUCGGAGGAGGAGCUCAAGAACCCCUCCGUCAGUCUGGUGGAGGAGCGGGACUUCCGUCCUUUCUCGUGACAAGGGCUCCGUGGUUGGCGGUGAGGGGCAUUAGUGUCGGUUUUGAUAAAAUGGACCAUUUUUAACUGUUGCCUUAUUUCCCCCUCCCUUCACCCUGUCUGUGUGUCCUUCCUCCUCCCUGCCUAUCACCACUUCCUUCUGCCUCUUUUUGUCUCUGAAAUUUGCACUAUGUCUUGGACAGGAAUCACUGGGGCAGAGGGGCCGCAAGUGGGGUACACCCCCACCCCAUCCCAUUCAGACACACGGAUGUUGGGUCUCUGGGUGGAUGGUGACUAUGUUUACAAGCACCACACUCACACGUUCACACACACAUGCACACACACAAGGCACCCUGAGGAGAGAUACCCCAAACCACACUUCUUAAGCUUUUCUGAUGGGUGAGUGGUCAGGGUAUGGUAGUUUUUGCACUGUCUCCCUUCUACAAGGUAAGAGGUUAAAAGCAAAAAGGCCACCUCUCUAAUUUACGAAUGGUGUCUAUUCCUCCCAAUCCUGCUUCCCAUCCCCAGUGCCCACCACCCCUCUUGGAGCAGAGAAACUGCCCCCUCUUGCCCACCCUUGCCUGUCUGUGAGCAGGUUUUUACUGUGAGGUGAAUGUGGACCAUGUUUAUUUCUUGCAGUCUGUGGCAAUGCUGUCUGUUUGUCUGAGUCUUGUGGCUGCCCCUGGACCAGUGAUGGCUGAUAAAUCUUAUGGGUUUCUGAAUGAACUUGGGGUCCAUCUGUGAUAUUUCUUUGUGCCAAAAAGAAGAAGAGUGGAUCAGUUUGCUAAAUGAACAUUGAAAUGCUUUAUCUAUGUUUUCUGUAAAUAAAAGCGUGCAAUAAUAUCUGGGUGUGAUUGUGG